AUGCCGCCAGUCGAGAAGGAGAACUCCCAACCCUUUGGUGAGCUGACCAAGAACGAUUUGACGAAGAUGACUUCUUCCUUCGCCAAGGUCGACAUCGCCAAGUCGAUGGAUCAACCCAAGACUGGUUCUACUGGCCUUGCCCUCGACAAACAGCAGCAACAGCCCGUUUUGGUCGACGAUUUGGCUUCCUUCGACCCUCAAAUGGAGCCGCUUCUCAAGGAAAACGCCUCACGAUUCGUCAUUUUCCCUAUCGAAUAUCACGAUAUCUGGCGGAUGUACAAAAAAGCACUGGCAUCUUUCUGGACGACGGAGGAAGUCGACCUUGGCCGCGACAUGGAUGACUGGCGAAAACUCAAAAAAGAAGAGCAGUAUUUCAUCAAGCACGUGCUCGCCUUCUUCGCCGCCAGCGACGGAAUCGUCAACGAAAACCUUGUCGACAGGUUCAUGUCCGAAGUCCAAAUCCCCGAGGCCCGGGCUUUCUAUGGCUUCCAGAUAAUGAUGGAGAACAUCCACUCAGAAAUGUACGCCAAGCUGAUUGAAAACUUGGUCACGGACACAAAAGAAAAGAUGGGUCUUUUCAACGCGAUCGAGACGAUGCCUGCCAUCAAGAAGAAGGCUGACUGGGCUUUGAAGUGGAUUGGAGCCGAUGCCCCCUACUCCAUCCGUGUCAUCGCAUUCGCCGCUGUCGAGGGCAUCUUUUUCUCCGGUUCCUUCGCUGCGAUUUUCUGGCUCAAGAAGCGAGGCCUUAUGCCUGGAGUCACCUUCUCCAAUGAGCUCAUCUCCCGCGACGAAGGUCUGCACACUGACUUCGCCUGUCUUAUGUUCAAGCACCUCGUUCAAAAGCCCUCCCAAGAGCAGAUCAUCGCCAUCAUCCGCGACGCCGUCAGCAUCGAGCAGGAGUUCCUCGUAGACGCACUUCCAGUUCGCCUGAUUGGCAUGAACUGCGACUUAAUGAAGACCUACAUCGAAUUUGUGGCCGACCGCCUCCUCGUCGAGCUCGACUGCCCAAAGAUUUACAAGGUCGAAAAUCCUUUCGACUUCAUGGAGAUGAUUUCGUUGGAGGGCAAAACCAACUUCUUCGAGAAGAAAGUAUCCGAGUACGCCCGCGCUGGCGUCAUGGCCCACUUGGACGCCGAUCCUGACUCCGUCGAGAACCAGUUCAGCCUCGACUGCGAAUUCUGA